CGACAGUAGAGAGAAGGCGAACUGUAUUGUAUGAUGUAAAUAUUGCUUUAUAUACUCACAUAGAAUGAUAGAACACCCAUCCUCAUUCAGUGGGUUGGAAGGGGAUUACUACUAGGCAACAACGAACACGGGGCACCCACUAUAUACACUUGCAGAUCACAUCUUGUUUGUUAUCGAUUACUUAGUCAAAAAUACCAGAUUGUGUACUCGCUGUUUAGUUUAGACGACGGACUCCGGCCAAGUAAUGCUGAGCACAGUAAGCUAUCAAUAGUCACCCAGCACGUAUCCGGCAAUUGGCGUGUCGAAAACACAUAUUGUUAGUGAUCAACACAUUUCUUCGCGACUUUACAUUCGUCUGCUACUAGUUUGUCAUCUAAAAAGUCAUUCUAUACAUUAGCCAACGGCUGAAUCAUACACAAGUAUACCUACCAUACUAUUGCUUAUUCUCCAUGUCCAGACGAAACACUAACAACAGCAGAGCAAACAGUGUAGCGCGCGAUGAGAACCAGCGCCUGACUGAGUUGGUAGUCCCAACAUCACUAACAAUGCCACCCAGUCCCGCCACCUCUCAGGCCAACUUAGAGGGCACGCUGAGUGAGGUUAGCUUCCACGGUGAGGAUGAUGACAAAGAUGAUUCGUCUCUGGAUCUGGACUACACGGGGUUUGUGAGUAAGCCUGACUUAGUGGUGUUAAAUGAAGAUAACGAAGAUGAUGAAGAAUUGACAGAGGAGCAGAAAAAGUACAACAAAGGGGUUUCGCGUACAUUUUUGUUGCUGAUUACAAUGCAGAUUAUUAUAAACUAUGAUUCGGGGGCAAUUGCGUAUUCCCUGUUGCUGCUCAAGACUAAGUGGGAUAUGAAUGAAACAGAGGCCGGACUGUUGACGUCGUUGGUGUAUAUCGGUCUUGUUAUCUCGUCCUUGUAUGCGGGAUUUCUAUUCAUGCGGUUCAACCCCAAGUAUGUGCUGGCAAUUGGCGUGUGCAUCAAUAUAGUGGCCAACGUGCUCUUCGGUGUGUGCCCGGACAAGACAGCGGCGUUGUUAUUGCGAGUAAUCAUAGGUAUGUCACAAGCCUUCCUAGUCAUUUACGCUCCUGUGUGGGUGGAUGAGUUCGCUCCAUCAGGCAAGAUCACCUUGUGGAUGUCACUGAUGCAAGGGGGGGUGCCUAUUGGGAUCAUGUUGGGUUAUUUGAUCGCAGGUAUCAUAGUUCCGUUGAUUGUAGGCGACAUAACCACGGAGGAUGACUUGGAUGAUCCUACUAUCUUUGCUAAGGUUAUGUUGCCGUACUUUAUGCAGUCCGUGUUACUGCUUCCCCUCGUGAUCGGUUUGGUUCUGGUUCCCGAUCAGUAUAUUGACACAAAGAUAUCCAUGGCGAUGCGAGACGCCGAACAUAACACCGACGAAGACGGUCACAAGAAGGAGAUGGUUGACAUCCUCAACGAUCUCAUUGACAAUGAUCUGAAAAUACUGGCUAGUUCAGAUCGAGGUGAGAGUACGCGUGCGCACGCCAGACCACGGGGCACUUCGGAUGGCGAGGGGUCUUCUCCCGCGACUCGUGCAGAGUCUCGAGGCGAUGCGAAAAGUAGUCAAGCUGAUGAGCUGCAACAGACGGUCUCAGGAGAUUCUCUGGUGAGUGCUUCCAGUUCCCGACAGUCAGACAAGAAAGCAGACUUGUUCGACCAAAACAACGUGGCGGGCCAUCUGAGCAUGUAUGGAGACGUGGCUAAACCUAAGCUGGGUGAACCGGACUCCACGCCGGAACUGGAUGCCGUAGACGAUGAGAUGGCGAGAGAGAAACGCGAUGAAUCGGUCGAAAUCGACGUUGCCCCGCCUAAGGUGCGUGCGGGUGGGAUCGUGCGGAGUAGGCGGAUAGACAUGUUCCUGCAGGACAAGUGGCCCAAAAUAUGGGUGCAGUGUAAGUACCUGAUUUUCAAUGGACUGUACCUGUCCUGUGUCGGAGCGCUGUGUUCGUUGUACUUUGUGGUGACCGGUAUACAGAUGUGGAUCACGCGCUAUCUAACCGAGUAUCUGCAGGUAGACCCGAUGACCGUGACUAUCGCGUUCUCUGUGGUGAGCGCAACAGGCCCGUUGACCGGUGUGAUAGUGGGAGGAAUCGUCAUGGAUAAGCUAGGUGGAUACCGUGGUGUGGAGGGCAUGAUCACCACGUGUAAAGUCAGCACUGUGUUUGGCGUCUGUGCGGUGCUUGCGGCUUACACGGUUAUAUUUGUGCAUAACUUCUGGGCCAAUAUUGGCCUGAUAUGGAUUCUGCUCGCAUUCGGUGGGGGCAUUGUGCCGGGUGCUACAGGUGUGCUCAUGUCAUCUGUGCCUUCUCAUCUACGUGCAUUUGCCUCAUCGGCUGCUACGUUGGUGUACAAUCUGUUUGGGUACUUUCUCGGCCCAACUGUGUGUGGAGUGGUGGCAGAGGCCCUGGGAGGUGUUGAGUAUGGCUUUUGGAUAGUAUGUGGAUGCUCCAUAUUCGGCGCAGUGGCUAUGGCCAGUGCUUGGUACUUCGCGUACAAAAAUAGAUACAACCUGGACGCCCUACAACCAGAUACUGAAUCGCUGCAGGGCGAGCUGGUACCUAUGAAUGCAGAGGAAACUAUGUACGAAGUUGCCAGGAAGCAAUCCUUUGCAGGUUUUGCAGUUCUGUUGCAACAGUCCAGGAAGAGUAGGGUAUUAGAGAAAGAGGCCGAUUACAAAGCAACCGUUCCCAAAAGGUCUGUACGAACGUCACAGAGACGAAUGUCUAUUCCAAACAUACCCACGGUGGCCAUAUCUCCAGACCCCGUCUUUGUGGCCAUGCAAACUGACAUGCAUAGAUCCGAGAGUGCUCGCAGAAAGAGCUACCACACAGGCUGAUGCAUACAAGACACAUAACGAGGCCAUCGGUAUUAAACUUAGAUGUGUGCUCCCUACGCUGCACUGUGCAGAGCAGUGUAGGCAACUGCAAUGUAUGACUGUGGUGUGGUAUUGGGCCAUGUGCAGCUGUGCAUAUAUAAAAUAGUUAUCAUCCAGCAGGAUUAUGUAAUGCUGUGAUUGGCAUUUCAGUUCAUUGGGAAGACUUGAACAAUCUAGUAUAGAGCAGGAGUUUUCAGGGCCAUAUCACGGUCUAGUUCACGCUGAUGCCCGUCGAUUAGGGUACCUGUUCAGGGUGAGUUAUCAAACACCUGCGUGUGCGGUUGGUAUACUUAGUGAUCGUGGAGAAAUUCUUAAUGUUUUAUCGUACUUUAUUUCUAGUCAUCUAAAGACACAAUGCUCGUCAAAGUGAACUCGAUAGGUGCGGCGGAAUUCUACGUGAAUUAUGUUUAGAGGAGAAUCUCGAAUCCGCGGCGACAGAUAAGGGGGAGAUUGACCUCAAUUCUUAUCAAGUGUACGUGCUUGUAUCUAGUAUUAAUUCAGCUCUAACCGCCCAUCCAUACUACGUGUGUCACUUCAUGGCGACGUCGGCUACACCUAUGGGAGACACUCGCCCAGAUACCUACUAACGAGUGGCUGAUGCCUCUUGCGUCGUGCAAGUGGAAGACUGAUGAAAAGUUUAGGCUGGGUGGGUGGUGUUGGAAUAAAAGUAAAAUUUUGAUGAGUACUACAUGAAGUAGUACGUAGUCUUAAAUACGCUCAGGCCUUAGAGUGAUUAUAUUAAAUACGAACUUGG